AUGGAUAUCACAGGACUCUUGGACUCCGCCUUCUCUGGCGCCGACGCCAACACGCGUAAUGAGGCGGAACGUCAAUUGAGUGAGUUCGCCAACUCGUCUUUUGGCGAGUAUAUGGUGUAUUUGGCGGAUGUGUUGGUCAACGAGUCGGCCAAGCCGGAGAUAAGAAUGCUUUCUGCCUUGGGUAUGAAGAAUCAGUUGACUGCCAAGGACCCCAGAACGAGAGCCCAACAGCUGGCCAGAUGGGUCCUGUUAGCCGGUGAUGCGAAGCAGAAGAUCAAGGAAAGCUCAGUCAAGACCUUGCUUGGUAACGAUGAAAGAAUGACCACGUCCGUGUCGCAAUUGGUGUCGUCCAUAGCGCUUAUCGAGUUGCCUAGAAACGAAUGGCCCGAUUUGAUUCCUACGAUUAUUGAACACACAAAGGCUGAGAACUCUGUUACUGUGAAGAGGGCCUGUUUGCUCACGAUCGGCUACAUCUGCGAGAGCGCUGAUGCCAACGAUCCCCAGAUCCUCGCCCAGUCCAACGGUAUCUUAAUUGCCAUUGUCCAGGGUGUCCAAGCCAACGAGCAGUCCACAAAGGUCCGUUUGACCGCGCUUAACGCCUUGAUCAACUCCUUACAGUUUAUCCUGUCCAACUUCAGCAGAGAAGGCGAGCGUAACUUCAUCAUGCAAGUCGUCUGUGAAGCCACUCAGGCCGACGAUCUGGACCUCCAAGCUGCUGCUUUCGCCUGUCUUGCCAAGAUCGUCGCCUUGUACUACAACUACAUGUCGCUCUACAUGGAGAAGGCACUCUACAUUUUGUCCAUGUCUGGAAUGCAAAGCGAGGACCAGAACGUUGCAUGUAUGGCUAUUGAAUUCUGGUCUACGGUGUGUGAGGAGGAGUUCGAGAUCGCUUUCAACCUUCAUGAAGGCACGGAAACCCCACAGAUGAACUCAUAUAACUUCGCCCUCUAUGCCACCAAGGAUGUCUUGCCUGUCUUGUUGAAGCUUUUGAAGAACCAAAACGAAGACCCUGAAGACGACGACUGGUCGGUGGCCAUGGCUGCCGGUUCCUGUUUGCAGCUCUUCGCCCAGACUACAGGAAUGUACGUUGUGGAUCCAACGUUGCAGUUCUUUGCAGCCAACAUCGGCCUGACCGAGUGGAGAGACCGUGAGGCCGCCAUCAUGGCCUUUGGUUCCAUUUUGGAAGGCCCAGAAGUCGAACACCUCAAGCCAGCAAUUCAAGAGGCUAUCAAGCCAAUUUUGAACUUGAUUGGCGACCCAGUCUUGCAAGUGAAGGAAACAUCGGCUUGGUGCUUGGGUAAGAUUGCCGAAAUAGCUCUCGGUGCUCUUGAUCUUCAGAAUGACUUGCAGCCGCUCCUUGAGGGCAUGUUGCAUGGCUUGAAAGACCACCCCAAGGUAUCUGUCAACUGUUGUUGGACCUUGAUCAACAUCUUGGAGCAGCUCUGCAAAGAGGCUAACGAACAACAGACAAGUGUCAUGUCCGUUUACUACGAAACCUUUGUUCCUGCUUUGGUUCAAUUGACCGACAAGUCUGACAAUGACUUCAACUCCAGAGCUUCUGCGUACGAGGCCUUGUCUGCAUUCGUCAGCUACAGCGCAUUCGACACCAUGCCCAUCAUUCAUAGCAUCGCUUCUGAGGUUUUGAGCAGGCUAGAGGCCACCAUCGCCAUGCAGCAGCAAGCCACUUCUGCUGACGCUCGCUCACAGUUGGAAGAGUUGCAAAUUAACAUCUUGUCAUUACUCACCAACAUCAUUAGAAGACUCAGCAACGAAGUGUUGAGCGCGGCUGACAAUUUGAUGACUCUUUUGAUCAAGUUGUUGGAGGCUCAGGAACCUAACGCAUUGAUCGAAGAGGAUAUUUUCCUCGCCAUCUCUGCUGUUGCAUCGGCUGUGGGUCCAGAAUUCAUGAAGUACAUGGACUCGUUUUUGCCAUACUUGACCAAGGCCUUGCACAACAUCGAGUCACCUACCUGUAACACCGCUGUGGGGCUUGUGGCUGACUUGGCUCAGUCGUUGGGUCCACAGAUCACCAACUACUUGGACGGCUUGAUGGAUAUCUUGGGCAGAAACUUGAACAACGAGAAUGCCAAGCGCGAUCUCAAGCCUGCCAUCUUGUCCUGUUUUGGUGACAUUGCCGGUGUUGUCGAAGCAGGAUUCAUGCCUUAUAUGGACGUUGUGGCGAACAUCUGCACACAGCUCUCGACUGUUGUUCCCGAAGAUAGCCUGUUUGAAACGUUGGACUACGUCAACUCGUUGAAAGAAGCUGUCUUGGACUGCUACGUCGGUAUCGUGAGCAGUUUGAACCAGAAGCCCGAGUUGCUCUUCAGCUAUCUUGGGCACAUCUUCCAGUUGAUUGAGCAAAUUGCUGCCGACAUCGAGUUACUGAACAUCGAAAAUACAGCCCGUUCAGCCGUGGGCUUAUUGGGUGACAUUGCAGCGAUGUAUCCAGACGGACAGUUGCGCAGCAUGUACUCCCAAGACUGGGUUACGCAAUUCAUCAAGAAGACCCGAGCCAACCUCAGCUUCUCGCAGCUGACGAAGGACGCCGCCAGGUGGGCCAGAGACAGACAGAAAAGGCAAAUCGCUUAA